CGUCACAUGCGCGUCACCAUAAAUACAUGUGGAAACUGUGUGGCGGAGUUGAACAGCUUAUUUCGCUGUUUCCUUUCUCGUGGCGGUGCCUGACUGCCCGAGGUUGUAUUUCAGAGGCUCUUCGCUCCGAGGAAGCUGUUCAAUGCCCCUCAAUGGCUGAGGGAAGCGAGAGCAGGGAAGCUUCCGAUGCUGGAGGUACCGGGAGCAGCCAGCAGCCGGAGAGCGGCGGAGCGAACCAGACCGUGUCCAAAAGUCAGCGGAAGAAGCUGCUGAAGCAGCAGAAAUGGGAAGCAGAGAGGGAACUCCGGAAGCAGAAACGGAAGGAGAAGAAGCAGCAGCGCCGGCUGCAGAGGCCUCAUCAUCAUCAUCAGGAGGAUGAGGAGGAGGCCCAGAGCGCCAGGAAACGUCUUCGCAGAGAGGUGACGCCCAGCUCACUGAGGCUGGUGGUGGACUGCAGCUUCGACAACCUCAUGCUCCUCAAGGAUGUCGGGAAGCUUCACCGACAGGUCCAGCGGUGCUAUUCAGAGAACAGACGGGCCUUGCAUCCAGUGCAGUUGUAUCUGACAAGCCUCGGGGGGCAGCUGAAGCAGAGCAUGGACAAGAAGGACAAAGGAUGGGUCAACUGGAAGGACAUCACCAUUAAAACGGAGCACUACAGUGAAGUUGUGGCGCAGGAGGAGCUGGUGUACCUGACGUCGGACUCCCCCAAUGUGCUGGAAGAGCUGGACCACAACAAGGCCUAUGUGAUAGGAGGCCUGGUGGACCACAACCACCACAAGGGGAUCACGUUUGAGAGGGCGAAGGAGCUGGGGAUCGAUCACGCUCAGCUCCCUCUGAGCAAUUUUGUCAAGAUGAACAGUCGGAAGGUUCUGGCAGUCAACCAUGUGUUUGAGAUCGUCCUGGCUUACCUGGAGAAGAGCAGCUGGCAGGAGGCCUUCUUCACCGUCCUGCCUCAGAGGAAAGGAGCGGUGGCCGUCGGCCAGGACGGAACAGCUGUCCCGGCAAAAGAAGAGGAAGACUCUGACCCCGACACACCGGACCAGACCGAGAAAAGAACCUAAAACGCAGUUCAAACUGACAACUUUGACCAAAGUUCACAACACAUGGAUAUAUUGAUGCUGAGGCUGUUUACAAGCAUCGGUUUCUUUGAAAUUUCAAAAUGCUUUUUUUCUUUCUUUUAAAACCAGAUAUUUAUUGAUUUUGACUUUUUGCCUACUGGUAAUGGGGGAACAUUUAGUUAAACACAGCUAAUUGAAAUUUCAGUUUUACGUUUUUGGCAGAAUAUACAGUUUAUUAUUAUAAUUUCUACAUGCAUCGUUGUUCAGUUUUUUCCGAUUUUGAAGCAAGAGACCAGGUGCACUGGCUGACACCAGUAGCAUCAAUUCUGACUAUGAAAUGUUAUGAGCGGUAGAAAACUGUUCUGUAACCUCACCACUAGAUGCCACUAAAUCCUGCCUGAUGACCAGU